UCCAGUUCACAUGUUAAGGCAGACCACUCCCAACUUGUCAUAUCUCAUCAUGCUCCGACCGCCUUCGCCAGACCCAUUUAUAAUACCAGCUUCUAGUUCCAGUUCUAAAAGAAGGAACGAUCUAAGUUAUGAUCUAGGAACCGGCUUUGUUCCCCCCAUAGGUCAUAAGCCUACCGUACCGCGGAGUCGUGUUCUGCACACGCACAUAUAUCCGUCGUUUGCGCGCAAAGUUCCGAUUAGUAGGGUGACCAAAAAGGAUGCUGAAAAGUCGUUCAAUAACUAUUGGGAUCGAAUAAGAGAUCCACAGGCUCUGUGCCUGGCGGAUGAUGAUGUCCAGUCGUCAACCUGGAUGAAGAACUUUGUAGCACAAACUGUUACCGGCUGCAUUCACCUCCGAAUCUCGGUCAAUUCCUUUACACCGGGCCCGUUUCCUCAACAACACAUCAUCAACCUCGUAGAUACGAAAGAUCCAUUUGCCCGAUGGACAUACUCGUGUACGCCGUUCAGCUUUCGGACCUUGGCCAAAAGCGCUGGAUGGGAUGCUACAGAGAGAGGGGAAGAUCUUUUUUUGCAGUUUGGAGGUAUGCUCAAGGAACGGAUCAAUGCUUGUGUCGCGGAGCCAAAAAGGUUCACAACCAGGUUGGAUACAAUAAAGUCGGAACGAAUUUCUGUUCUCACAUUUUUCGAAACUAUACGCGGAUACCGGCGUGUCCAGCUGCUGAAGCUGGAAUUGAAUGCCGUAAAAUGGGAGCAGCUGCAGGAAGUUGUGCAAAAUGAUUUCUUACUCCUCAAGGCACAUCAUGAUCAAGUUACCACUUGCCUCAUUCAGACCCUAGAGGUCAUUAGCCGUCACGAGCCUAGCAUCCUGCUUAAUAACACAUGCAACUCUGACGAGGUGAUAGUGAACCAACCACCUGAUUGGAUGCAGGCAGUACAGGACUACUUGGGUCCAACCGACAAACACCAAAGCUUAUCUGAUCCGUCCAGAAAAAAAGCUUUCGUGCUCGCCACCCAGAAGCGAUAUGAUGAACUAGAGGCUCUCCAGGCCAAGUCCCUGCCCUUAUAUGUUCAUGGGCAAAGGUGGCCACAAGCUUCGCAGGAUGACGGUCAUGCAACAUGGUUCAACACGGGUUCUAUUGGCGAGUUCAAGCCAGAAGCCGAGCGGUACAUUCUCACUAUCUUUCGCAAAGCACGGUCAGCGUACAUCCUGACUUUGCAUCAUCCAACGCGUCCAUUUUUCCAUUUCACCUCCGAGGACCUCACAGAGUCGCGCUUUGAGACAAUGAUGCACGGUGUCGAUCUUGUGGAGUCGGGAAGCACCAAAUCUGAUGAUUCAGCAAGGAAUAUCAAAGUGGGCUUCCAUCCAGAUCAGGGUGUCGGCGGGGUGGUGGCUGUAAUUUUUGACGAUCUGAUCAGUGGGUGCUGUGAAGAUUCGGAGCGAUAUCAGGCACACUUUGAAGUGCAUCCGGAUAGAUAUGUUUCCAAAAAGACCCCCGCAAAGCGCGCCACAUUGAUAAUUAACCAGAGGAUCCUUCCUGACGAACGGUGGCAUCCGCUGCUUAAGAUCGGCUUUGGGAAAACUGGAAGGGAUCGAGUGGCGGAUGAUGUACGGGACAAAUUGAUGAGACUACAGACUGAUAUUGACGUCAAGCUUUCUCGUUUGUACUCAAUCCUUGGGAAAGUCCGGGAUUGUAGUCCCGAGCUACUAUGCUUGACCGCUCAACUCGCAUGCACUCUACCAGUUCAGUCGGAUAGACCGUUGGAUGACAACACAGUACGCGUGACUGGGGAGAAGGCCCAUAUAGGCAAACGCUUCCCCUCUCCAGAGCGAACGUCUUUCCGUGGCUCCCAGGUUACACCUCCCCGAACCACGUGUAAAGCGCAUCCCUCAUCCUCGCUUCCUUCCUAUCCACAUAAAAACCGCGGCUGCCACCUCCGUACCAAAACGACAGCUAAUAUCAGCGGCCCUCGUGAUAAACCGGGGAAAGUAACAACAUCGCAAAGUAACAUUCCCCAGACUUUUCGGACAAUUAUUAAAGGUAUUGCGGAGAAAGCCGUUACCCCAGGCGAUCCCAGCGGGCUGUGCGACUGGUUAGGACCAAGUCCUCCGCCCACGCCCGCAACCCUUGUGCCAGAAUUGUAUCAAGCAGCUCAAAUGGGGUCGUUUAAACAUGCACAAGCGUCCGGAAGCUGAUAGAUUGUUGCAUAGGAGACCCAUGAAAGCAGCCUCGUUGGUGUGUUUAUGUAGCAUCAUGUAUGUCGGCCGACCGCUUCAAUUAGAAGCCUUUCACUCUCUUGGCGCGCUUUUUUCUUGGUGCUCCUGGAGAUAACGGUGAUGAAGAUGUGACGCGGGCCAGCCCAAUUUGCCUAGGCUCCACAAUUGUAUCUAACACGUCAUGAGUAUCAUCAUCGCUGUGAUCGCGGUCGCGCUUUCGUUUCGACCCGCGAACAGGCAUUUGAGGCUGUUCAAGAUCAGCUCCAAUUCUUCCAGAUCCAGCAGUUAAGUCUUCCAGGGAGGAGCUACUUCCUUCCAGCGGUUCGGGGAAUGCCGCGGCCUCGGCUACCGUAGUAUGCUGAUUCGCAUCAUGCUGAACCCGGACGAGGUCACCUUCAAAGGAAAGCAAUUCUUCUUUCUCAGUUCUCACGAUGUCAUGGACAUCUUUAUCAUUACAUGAUGUGCUUUGCUCUGCUCCGUGAGAUAGGUGAUUAUCAUCACGAAUACUGGUAUCCUUUGAAUUGAUUGAACUCGCUCCAUCGCGUCCGUCACCAGGCCCAUGAUCAUUUUGAAGACGAUCGCCUGCUAUUAGCAAAUUGACCACAUCUUCAACGUCUGCGGUAUUGCUCUGGUCGGUCCACGUUCCCG